GGUGUUGUAACGAUAGACUUGAAGCAAACUACAGAUAAAAUAACGUUAGUCAUACUUUUUAUGUCGUGUUUUCAAGGGGGUUCAUUAAAGAUAUAAAUAUGUAUAUAUAACCUGUAGUGUUCAUGUAAAAAGUUUGAGUUGGUGGGUUAUUUUAAGCAAAAAUGAGUCACUACCGCGCAAUGUUACGUGUGCGAAGGUUUUACAGUUUGAAUGGAAAUCCUAUACAUGAAGACAGAAGAUUGGGGAGACGGUAUUACCAAUAUUUGACUAUAGUUGUGGGUGAGAGGGAAAACAAUGCAGUGGUGUCUUUAGGACAGCACAUUUUAAUUGAAGGAACCGACGAUGACAGCCCCUUCGUUGCACAACUUCUAAAGCUUUUCUGGGACGUUAAUAGCAACCAGAUGAAAGCAGUGGUGCACUGGUUUGUGCGUAUGCAUGAAAUAGCCCAGAACAAGCGAAAGCUCCUGGGCAGGGACCCGCAUCCCCAGGAAGUCUUUUACUACCAGGAUGGCUCCUGCGAUUGUGAAGUGAAUGUGGAAACUAUACUAGGAGCUGUUCAGGUAAAGCAUAUUCCUGCUGCGGAUCCUUUCCCAGAUAAUGAGAGCGAGGAUACUCUGUUCGUUAAACUUAUAUGGGACACCAAGACUUUUCGGAAGAUGCCUCCUCCGGUCCCCAAAUCUCCGUCACCUUCUGUGCCGGUGACCCGAGCUCGUGCUCUUCCCACCCCAGACCCCACCGUGAUGAAACGGGCCAUGGCUGGCCUCCACCCACACAGCUGCAUGAGCACUGGUAAAAUAGGCACAGCAGAAGCCGAGUCAGCCCACUCAGCCUCCAAACUCUCCGCCGCCAAAAUACUAAACGUGAAGAGGAGGAGCAGGGUCUCUUCCAACCCGAAUAUUCGAAAGAAGUUGGAGCUCUGCAGUCCAGCUAAGCAUCUUACAAGAGAUGAUGUCCUUGAUGAGAUAUUGGAUGAGGACAAGGACACACAGGAAGACCUGGUGACCAAACUGGGCAGUUUUCCAAUUCAUAGCGUAUCCGUCUCCUCCUCUCGCCUGACCCCUCUCUCAACUCCUGAGAAACCUUACACCAAAGAGGGAAAGUUCUCCCUCCGACCUAUGAACAAACCUAGUGAAACCACAGUGGACAACCAUGACUCUGGCAGGGACUUUAUUGGGGUCCACCCCCUAGAAGAUGAUUUGUUUAGGCUGGAGCCAGGACUCAUCAGCAAAAAUAGAACCCCUCGUAGGAGAGAGGCCACUCCAAGGAGAGUUAGCCUUAGGCAGAAUGCACAGACCCAGUCUGAGAGAACAGAGGCUGCUGCGCUCCGAGAGCCAGCUCUUGCUGUGCUGAGGGAGGAGCAGCACGAGAUCUCGCCUGGACACAGUGUUCACACGGAUUCCUCCAAGAGGAGAUCGGCCCGCAUUAAGAAAAAGCAGCUGAGCCAGCUGAAUAACCACAAUGACCUGCAGUCCGACGGCGAAGAUGCAGAUGAUGAUGGCUCUUUUGUGCCUGCUGAUCUUGACCGGGGAAGCAGCAGUGAUGAGGAAGAAGAGAGCUUAAUGGACAGUGAGGAUGAACUCAUUGUGAAGAGGAGCAGGCGCGGGACGGGCAGGAGAACGCCUCACUCGACUGUCAAGAGCAGGGCAUCAGCUAGAACCCCACGCAGAAUGCCCAGCAAGAAGGCUGCUCCUCCCACUCCCCAAACGCCUCGUCAUGCCACCCCUAGCAUUCCUAACAGGAGCCAGCCAGCCAGGAAACCUGGGAACAUGCUGGAGGAAGCACGUGCAAGGUUGCAUGUGUCCUCCGUUCCUGAAUCCUUACCAUGUCGAGAGCAGGAGUUUCAAGACAUCUACAACUUUGUGGAGAGCAAGGUCAUGGAUGGCACUGGAGGGUGCAUGUACAUUUCAGGAGUACCUGGCACGGGCAAGACGGCCACGGUGCACGAGGUGAUCAGGUCUCUGCAGCAGGCAGUGGAGCAGGAGGAGCUCCCGCCCUUCCACUUCAUCGAGAUCAACGGCAUGAAGAUGACUGACCCACACCAAGCAUAUGUCCAGAUACUGCAGAAACUGACGAACCAGAAAGCAACAGCAGAUCAUGCGGCUGCCUUGCUUGAAAAGCGGUUCAGUACACCCGCACCAAAGAAGGAGACCACGGUGCUGCUGGUGGAUGAGCUGGACCUUUUGUGGACCAGGAAACAGAACGUCAUGUAUAACUUGUUUGACUGGCCAGCAAGAAAACACGCUCGCCUGGUGGUGCUGACCAUCGCCAACACGAUGGACCUACCCGAACGGAUCAUGAUCAACCGCGUGGCCAGCCGCCUGGGGCUGACACGCAUGUCCUUCCAACCAUACACUUUCAAGCAGCUGCAGCAGAUCAUCACAUCUCGACUGAACAGGGUGAAGGCUUUUGAGGAAGAUGCUCUUCAGCUGGUCUCAAGAAAGGUGGCUGCCUUGUCGGGCGAUGCACGCCGCUGUCUGGAUAUCUGUCGCCGCGCCACUGAGAUCUGCGAGCAACAUGGACAGCAGGGUAGCACUGGAUUGGUCGGGAUGAGUCAUGUGAUGGAAGCCUUAGACGAGAUGUUCUCUUCCUCCUAUAUUACAGCUAUCAGGUGUGCAUCUCUGCAAGAGCAGCUCUUUUUGAGAGCAGUGAUUGCAGAAUUUCGUCGGCUAGGACUUGAAGAAGCUACAUUUCAGCAGGUGCUCGUGCAACACCAGGCUCUGUGCCGUGUGGAGGGGCUGCAGCCCGUAAGCGUGUCUGAGAGCCUGGCGGUGUGCCAGAGGCUGGGAGCCUGCCGCCUGCUGCUGUUGGAGCCCAGCCGCUUGGACCUGCUGCUCCGUGUGCGCCUCAAUGUGAGCCAGGAUGACGUGCUGUAUGCCCUGAAGGCUGAGUGAGCCCCAGCACCUAGCUCAGAAAGGCUAAGGGCCACGUCUCUACAUAAGGUUUUCUUGGCCUCAUAAAACCCUCUUUAUGCUAGACUUCAGUAACUUGUUAAGUCUGGUGAAGCAUGACUAAGGGAUUGGACCUGCUGGUCUUUUUACACCUGAGGUAAUGGACAGAUUUCUAGCUAAUACAAACAAGAACACGAAAUCUUAAAUUUAGAUUAUAUUCGCACCAUUGGCAAGCACUGAAGGCUGCACACAAAGAUGACAAAAUAUUCCAGAUGUCCACAUUGGUACCUGUAUUUGUAACGGAAUUACCUGUUCAUCCGUGUUGAGCAUGAAAUGCAUUGUCAUUUAAAGAAAACAUUUAGAUUUUAACACUGGAGAGCCAGCCUUGACCCAUUCUUUGCUGACCAAUUGUCCUUCUUGUCUGUGUAAAUGUGUGGGUAGAAUUAAAUCAUGUUUUCAUGGGCCAGUUAAUGUUUUAUGCCCUUGUAUUUUCUCUUAACUUUCUUGAACUCAAUAAAGCCAUUAAAGAGCAUGAUCCUGAAUUAGAUUUUUGUAGGACCAUGAAUGCAGUUCAUUGAGAUUAGGUAUUACAUACUCUAAAAGCUGAAGAGCAUUAGAAAUGUAUUGCAAUCCAUUAGAAUACCAGUUUGCAAGCUGUGUUCAGAUCAAGAAAAUAUAAGUCCUUUUAUGUCUUAUUUAAAUUAGCAAUGUGAGAAAACGUAACAUGUUACCUAUUCCAUUUGAAAUGUAAUCUACGUUUUACCAGUAAAGAAUAAAAUAUAAAACACUGAAAAUUGUACAGAAAUUACAUUUAAUCAAAUG